CUAUUAAUAGGAAACUUUGUUUUGGUGCGAAUUAUAGUGUUUUGCCGCCGCUCUCGCGGUCAGACGAAAUCGCGUCAAGCUCGAUUGUUACAGUAAUGGCUGUACGCAUUGAGAACUAACUUUACGACUUGCUGUCGAAUAUAAUCAAAGGAAACAAGAAAAGCGAGCAAAAAAAUAAAAUAAAUAUUUUUUUGAAUAAAAUCGCGAUCUAGUUGAGUGCGUGUUUAUAUUUCGCGCGCUCCUACAGUGUUGCUAUUGACCAUAUUUAGUUGGCUGACAAGUAGGUCACAUUACCCGAUCACGACGGACUUUUGUUUGUUCUUCCUCUAUUCUGGGUUGUGAUCAACAUUUUGCGUUUUAUUUAUAUACGUGUCGCUGUGUUUUGUCGUCGUUGCGUCGCGGUGUACACUUAUAUGCAUGACAAAGUUCAAAGUUGGUCAGAGAGCUCUGCAUGGGAUAUGUUUUCAUUUGAAACAAACGACCAUAAUAAUACGAUGACACAAAUGUGAACGCGUGCACUUAAACCUCGACGCUACAAUGCGCGCGAUCUUUUCGCGAAUUGAAGUUUUAUUCCAAAAUUGUCGAUUUAACUCCAGUGUUUUCCUCAAAGGAAGAAAAAGGAAGUUGAAGUGGAGCUCGACUGUGACGCACUUCACCGGAGAGCAAACGCUGGCUAAUGGCCCGGCUUCUAUAGCGGAGACGCGGGGAAGCGGAGAGAACACCGGCGGCGGAGCGGUCUUGCGCCCCGAGCAGUUUGCCUUCCCUCAGCCGAGCGAUGGGGACCCGUUAAGGGGAGGGAUUUCCACGUCGAGUAGGUCACCGAUGUCCCGAACCUUCUCCAGGUCUUCUAGUGGCUAUUUUUCCGUCGACAGCGGUUCUGUGCCAAGUUCCCCUCUAAUGCCCAAUAUUUCCGAAGCGCAAGACGGCCAAAAUGAUGAAGUAUGGUUUGCCAACCCUAGCCACCAGCAAGCGCAGAUGGCAGCACCUGUUGGAGCCAUGCGACCGGAGGAAGUGUUCGUCGCUCGGGAGCUGCGGCGCAUUGGAGAUGAGUUCAACCGCCUGUACUUUCAGGGUGUUGGUGCAGGCGGGAACAACGCAGGCCAGCUACGUGCUCCGAACGAACAUGCCAUUAUAGUAUGGAUGAAUGACCUUUUCGGACGCAUAGUACAGAUAUUCCUACGACGAAGAUGAUUUACUGAAUCAAUGCCCAGCAGACAUGUAGCAGCAAAUCUUCUGACUGUAUAUAUGUACAUAAUAAGGGAUAACAGCUGUGCUGCUCUUCUGCAACCUCUCCGGGAUUCGGCGUCCCAUGGUUUUGGACCUGUUGGGAUGUGUGCACACCUGGAUGUAUAUCGAACAGGAACCCUUGGCCAUCCAUAGACUGUUUCCUGCGUUCACAUGGAAAGCUGAGCCAUUGGAUGCUGUGUUGACUUGACUCUGUUCGGAGGUUUCAUGGAACCUAAUGUAGAGUGUGGAAAACGUGCCUUCAUUGCCUGUUUGCCCUUCUCACAUCUUUUGUUCGUUUGUCUUUGUCGUUAUAAUUUUUUUACUCUGUCCUUUUCUUCCCUCGCCUCUUAUAUUUAUUUUUGACUGUAUUUAAUUUGUAAAUUUUUAUGUAUAUUUCAUGAACGUGGACGUUAGUCGGUCAAGCGGUGAUGUUAUUGGUUCUGCCUGUCCCUUGCGUGUUCACUGGCUCCAAGUUUGCACUUGCGUUUAUUUUGCAUAGUCUAUACAAAUGAAAUGGAAUAGAAUAAAAUUAUUUCCUUAUAUAGAUCACAUAUAAACAGUUUUCCAAAAUGAAAUUACAUCUGAUAAAUCUAUGAUUGAAAACAUGACGGAAAGCGUACACACAACGCAUCAUUUAGAAAUUUGACCCAUCUGUAUUGUCAAAACCCAUUUGCGUGAUGAUUUAUUUUUUGCCAGUCUUUGGCUUCCGAGCUGGGGAAAAACAUCAUCCCUGGCGCAGUGUAUCACCUAACUUCAAAGCCAAGUCUUCAAAGGUCCUUUCACAUGAUAUAGCCUCAACAUUUCCCAAUGCUAUUAAUUCUACAUAGCGAAGUUUCAAUUAUAAAACUUAAAGCUUAUGAAUAUUAAUUAUGUGACGUAAUGUUUGUUUGCACUGUUGUCCAAACUUGAUGUUUACCGCUUGCGCAUCGCCAAUUAAGGAAUGUAGUUCAUGUUGUUAGUUUUGAGGACAUCAACAAGCCCACGUACUAUAUAUACUGUAUAUACAGAGAGAGAGAGAAAUGAUGUAAUACCGUUUCAGUAGGAAAAUACAAUUAUUCUUGCGUUAAAAAAAAAAAGUGUAUUAAAGCCUUUUGUGAGUCAUGUGAAAGGACCUUAAAGGGGAUUGAUAACCUAAAAAGAAACUGAUAUUGAGAAGAAAGUUGGCCUUGGUCAUUACUCACUUCUAUUGUAUAAAAAAGAUGCAUUUAAAGUGACUGGUGAUUGAUACUAACAUUCUGCCUACUUGAAGGGGAGUAAACAAUGAAUUUUCAUUUUUGGGUGAACUAUCCUUUUAAUAAUGGAAAAUGAGAAUGAAGGUAAAUUUGGGGCGUAUCAUUUAUAAUUGUAUUACGUUUUUUUAAAAUCUAGAUUUAGGUCAAUACUAGGUUUCAAGAGGGAUUUGAGUGGAUUUUAUCAUUUGGUUGGUUGCUGCUGCAGAUAGCUUUCAUCCAAAGGGACUCCAUCAGAGUCAAAGGGAUCGUCCACAUGAAGUAACCAGAGUUAAAGUGCCUUCCAGAAGGACAGUGGUGGUAGAGCACAAUUUUAUUCCAAGAAACUCUAUGAUUUCUGGGUACACCAAACUUGGGAAUGAUUGUGCAACCCUUGUAGUUAGUUUACCACCAGCACACAUUACAACCACUGUUCAAUACCAGCCUUACCCCUUAAAACUGGCCUGUUGAAACUUACCUUUAACAAGCCUCAGGGACUAUGGGAGAUAUACCUGUGGAGAUUUCUUGAAAAAACAGUCUUCCAUCUUUACUUCGGCUUUUCGUUUUCAUGCUUUGCCUGUUUAUUACCGUUGUCCCAGUAUUCCAUUUAUCAAUGCACAAGGCUCAGGACGAGUCAUCAAGUAUGAUGGUAAUAAUAACGUGUUUAUAAGUAGCAAAGCCAAGCGCAAACUACAAGACUUAAGUUCAUUGCCCUUUGAUGUUUUUAGCUUGCGACAAUCCACCUAACAGGGAAUGUUCCAACAACUUUGGCUAACAUUAUUUAAAGGUUUGUCACAAAUGUUGUAAAUAAAACGUUAAUGAAACAUCCUUAUAACGUUGAAACCUAAAAUAACUUUCUACUAACAUUAGGAACAUUUUCAUGUUCCAACAACCACAAUGUAACGUUUGGAAAAACGUAAUUAAGAACGUAAAUAUGCUAGCUGAGAAGAAGCCUUAGAUUGCAACAAGUGUCCAUUGUGUCGUUCUUUUAGUGCACCCAUGACUCUGCAAUUAGCAGACAAUUAGUCAAAAUUCCCACUGGUUCGAGAUCUAGUGAUCGAAUCUUUAUAUGUGCACACUUUCGUGAUUAGAAGUGCAAAAACAGGGCAAGGCAUUGGGGAAAAGUUUAAUUGAACAUCGAACUUCUUACAUCUUCCCAACCACAAAAAUGGUUGCAAGGACUUCCUACAUGUUGUUUGUUGACAAGUAAAAUAACUAGUGAAUUUUCGCAACCAAAGCUACAGUUGAAAAAGAACGGUCAUUGGCCCACCUUGUUUGUGAUUAUUUGUGUAAAAUCUUGUAGUGUGCGUUUGGCUUAAGUAGAGAUUGAUGUGUUGACCACCUACCUUGAAAUGUAUUGCUGAAAAUUUUGAGAUGAAAUAAUUAGAUAGUACGUUAUGUGUCGGUUAGACGUUCCACACAGUGGAAGACAAAUGGCCCUGUGUUAUAAUAUGCGUUUUUAUUUGUAUAUCAGUUCAGUUUUUUCACUUUGCCAAAAUGACAAUGUCAUUAUCUUAUCUUACCAUUCCAAGUUUACCACUCAAACCAAAGACCUCGUUUUCAAAUACUGUUGGUAACGUACAGUUUAUAACUUCUCUGCUGUGUCAUGUUUUCAUUAUCUGCCCUUGCUUAAGUAUUCUAGCAGUUUUUCCGUUCUCUAGUCCUGUGAUUCUGGAAACAAACCAUUUCUGAGAAACCUGUGAAUUUCAGGCCAACCUGUGCAAGUCAGACUUGACCUUCGACUGAGUCUAUUCAGUCCUGUUGCACGGAGCACCCGCAUCACCCGAUCUGACGCCACCCGGGACCCAGUAAAAUUGUAGCACAAAAUUACUUUUUUUUUUCUUUUUCGUUUUGAUAAAUGUCUUUUUGUAUUUUGCACUGAAUCAAUUCUGUGCUAAUUUGUGCAAUACUGCUGUAAAUAAAAGCUUUUUUCCAACUUUCUAAAUUCAGUCUCAGACAAUCUUUAAACAAUUACCCACAGAUUUGAAUUAAAUAGACUUGAUAAGAAAUUAUGAAAAGAGAUAUGAAAACAAGAUAUGAUAGGAACUUUACUAACUUACUUGGGGGUGGGGAACUGAAACAUUAACCCUUUUCAAAUAUCGGGGUUUGAGAAUGGAAGUAGAUGCAUAGCACAGUAAACUUGAAUGCCGAUGAAUCGGAGACAACAGCAAAUAAAAUUUUGCUUACCCACUUGCUCCAACAGCAAAAGAAACCUCCCAUCCCCCGAAAUCUACGCCCCUGGAUAGAAUGUAGAAUAUUUAUAUUUUUAAAAAGUUUAAAUGCGAUUAGAAUAAUGAUGACAAAUUAUUAAAUAAAUCAAAUAUACACCUUCCCAUACUUUUUCAGAACAGGUUCUUUGCAGUUGCUUGUUCUGCACCUGAUCAGCCUGAAUGCUUUUUUUUAUUACGUUUAUUUGUUUGUGAUCUUUUCUUAAAUAGAAAGGUAUAUGAGAAACUCUUAUUAUUUAAACUUAGACUAUUUAUAUUGUGUGUUAAAGAACUUUAUUUUGUUGCAUUUUGUUCAACCAACUUUGUCAUUCUUUGUCAUUUAAGUGUUAUAAUAUUGAAUCGAGAUUACAUUGAGUCAUGAAUCGCAUAUCGUAUACCGAACAGAAACAGAUAACCAUAUCAUCCCAUCCUUACUUUAUACAAAAAAUGUUUAUAAAAUAUUAUUAAAAGGAAUAUCUAAAGUAUAUAGUUCAGUCGACAGCAUUUGUGUCAAAAUGUUAAUUACCACACAAUUUUAUUUAGACUCAUCCUCCAUUUCUUAAAAAUAAAUCAAUAAAUAAAUUAGCAAAAACCUGGUUAGAGUGCGGCACUUACAAUAGAAGUGAAAGAAGCCAAUCUGUAAACAUUAAAAUACUGUUUCAAAAGUAUAGCCACAAGACAUAAACAAUAUGUGUGUUAAACGAUUAGUUUAUCUAAAAAAUUUAAUUAUCCCAUAAUUUACUCACCCUCAAACUAUCCUAGGUGUAUAUGACUUUCUUCUUUCAGUCAAACACAAUCAGAGUUAUAUAAAAAAAAUAUCAUGUCUCUUCCAAGCUUUAUAAUCGGAAUGAAUGUAAAGAUAAAAGGUGCUUAGAUUUUGAAGCUCAAAAAGCGCAUCCAACCAUAUAAAAAAGUAGCACAUACUACUCCAGAGGGUUAAUAAAGGCCUUUUAUAACUUUAUAAACUAUAAACACUGACUUCCGCCAACGGCCGUCCGCGCGUUCACUGGCUUCCUCUAUCCUCUCCGCGUUCUUCACUGCUCACCGGCGCUUACGCUACGCCUACGUCAUACGCCGGAAAUUGACUCUCUCGUGAACGCGCGGACGGCCGUUACCGGAAGCCAGUGAUUAUAGUUUAUAAAGUUAUAAAUAUGGAUAUUCUUCUUACAAAAACGCAUCGCUUCGCUUCAGAAGGCCUUUAUUAACACCCUGUAGCCGUAUGGAUUACUUUUUUGAUGGAUGGAUGCGCUUUUUUUGGGCUUCAAAAUCUAAGGUACCAAACACUCCCAUUAUAAAGCUUGGAAGAGCCAGGACAUUUUUAAAUGUAACUCCAAUUGUGUUUGACUGAAAGAAGAAAGUCAUAUACACCUAGGAUGGCGUAAAUUAUGUGAAAAUGUUCAUUUUUUGGGGUGAACUAACCCUUUAACAUGACUUUAUUAUGAUAAAAACACUCACAAACCUUUUCUGUGUAAAGAUAUAUCCAAUUUUACAACUUUAUCCCCAUGAGGACUUAAUGCCAUUAACAGUAAAACCCUGAAAUGACUGUAUAAACCAUGUUUUUAAAGAAAAGGAGGGACGAAUCAAAAUUUGUGGUAAUCAACAUUAUGCCACAUCUGCUGUUGAUUAAGCUUAUCUUCUAUUGAACCUGGAAUAUUUAUUUAUUUUUAAAGAAUUUUCUUUAAGAAUUUUUACAUUU